AUGUCUCUUGAUGGGAAUUUGCUGUGCAACAAGAUCGGCGAUCUUCGCGAGCUGCUUUUCCUUGCAGGCUGCACGAGGUUGGAUUCCCUGGCCUUCCAGGAGGGAGCAUCGGCAGAUGCGAAUCCAAUUUGUGAGGAGCCCAACUACCGCUUGUGUGUGGCGCAAGUGGUUCCGUGGCUGCGACUGCUAGAUGGAUCUGCUGCCCAACAAGCUGCAUGGCAAGCUUCUCAGGAGAAUCACCAAGUCAGCGCAUCCAGCGCAACCCCUGACUCGCAUCGCUCCGAGUCUGCUAUGGCAUGGCUCCGUGAAGAGAGUGGCCAUGUGGAGGCCCAGUACAAGGUGGCAGAGCAAGAAGCCGUGGAAGCAGAAGCAGAAGCCUCCACCGCACAGAAGGCAGCGAGACAGGCCAGCGAAGCAAGGACUCAGGCUAUGAAGAAGGCUGAGUCUGAGCGUGAGGCCAGACUCCACGUGGAUCUGGAAGAGAUUGCCAUGGCAGUGCAGAAGCAAGAGGACCACUUUGCUGAGCAGCUUUUGCGACUGACUCGGGCAGAAGGGGAGCAUGCGUCGGUGGAAGCGGCACGGCAGGAGGAGUCGACAGUCCUGGAGCGCGAGCAAGAGCAACUGCAGGAGCUGAGUCUACGUGAGCACGAUGAGGCGGCGCUGGCCGCCCAGUUGAAAAGUGAGAAGGCAGAUGCCGAGCAGCAGCUCUUCGAGUGGGAGAAGCAGAUCCGAGGACCUUUUGCAUCCUGUGCAGAUGCCAGCCUCAGGGCCGAUCUGCUCCAAACCUCCCAGCGCCUUCAGGAAGCCAGGCUGCGCCUCUCGAGCAGUGAUCUGGGAGAUCGAAGCACGCAGAAGCUGCAGCGUGCGGCUACUUCGGCUGUGGUCCAACAAGAGGAGUUGGUCGCCGAGCUGAGACUUCAAGUGAGACAGCUGGGUGAUUUGCAGAGGGCUUGGACUUCUGAAGCCGCUGCAGCCGCUGCCGGUGUGGCUGAGCUGCACGGACGCAUAGCCGACGAAGCGCGAGAAGAUUCUGAAGAGCUGGAAGCUGCUUCUGCUCUCGUUCAGCAUCUUGCAGAUAGCGCAUCACGGUGGCUUUCGGAGGAGAAGCUCAUGCAGGAGGAGGUCGACUCACUUUGUUCCUCCAAGCUUCCUGCCAGCGACGAUCACAAAGGGGCAGGCCUGGAGCUGUUGAGUGAGUAUCGCCAGCUACAUCAGUUGGUGGAGGAGCAGAAGUGUGAGAUGGACGAUGAUGGUGCACAUGCAGUCGGCAUGCUCAAGGACAAGCUGGACGCCGUGCUAGAGCAGGGUGUGCUUGAGAUGGAGCAAAGCCAACGUCGCCUUUCGGCUGCAGAAUUGGCACUGGCGCAGAAGAGCAAGGUUUUGAGGAUGGCUCAGGAGCAGGAAGAGCUAGAUGUGUACGUUCUCAGGGAGAUGGACGAGCAGCUGGAAGCUUUGAAAGAUGAGGAAGUCACGACUGGUCUCAAGGCCAGCAAGAUAUCAGGCACAGCUGAGGUUGAAGAAGUCGCUGCACUUGAGGCCACGGAGGCCGCAAGUCACAUGGAGAAGAACAUUGAGGAGCUCGUGGAAUUGGUUGCUGCUAGCGUGCCACGCGCGAAGUAUGAUGAGCAGCAUCAGGCUAUGGAAGAUGCAGAAGGGGAAAUGCGGCAGCUUCGCAUUGCCGACUCAUCGCUGCAGCAGAGCCUAACGAACCUUCAGGCCGCACUGGAGAGACGAAGAGAGGACCUGUGCAAGCUUCUCAAGGAGUUGCAGCAUCAUCAGAACUCUGGCGACGACAUGUCACAAAAGUUGAAGAUCAAGGUGCAGAUGAUCGCUGAUGCACGCAAUCGCAUGGCUGCGCUGUCAAGCUCAAUGCACCAGGCAGAUGCGCUGCAGCAAGAGCAGGAUGUUUUGUGGAGGGACCGGCUUGCGAAGGACGCGGCGGCAGCAGAGGUCCAGCUAAAGCAUGCCGAUACCCUUCGUGCUGCAGACAGUUCACGGGAGGAUGAGAUUGCAAAGCUGUCAAAGUUGGUACGGGCCAAAGGAGACCGGAACAGCUUUGCAGAACUGCAGCUUGAGGAAGUGCGCAAGAUGACCCAGGACAAAGCCAGUCAGUUCGAAGCCAAAGUGACCCAGCUGGAGAGCCAAAGUGCUCGAGUUCUGCAGGAGGCGAGGCUUGCACAGAGCGAGAUGGAAGAGCGAUUUCGCUCUGAGCGGGCCGAGCAGCAGGAGCAGGAGCAGAGCCACAGGUCACAAGCAGCCCUCCUGCGUGAGCAGCUGAAUGCAGCCCCCGUGGCUCUGGCAGCCUUGUGCCGGCGAGCGCCACACUUCUCAGACGCGAGUGAGAAGUCUUCUGGCUGGCUUCAGUGCCUCAUCUUCUUGAGCGUCUGUGUGCCCAGCGUCGGAAGCUUGCUGGUUGAGUUUUUGAACACGUGUAGCUCUGGGAGCACUCAUGCGAUUGGUCCUGCAACAGGGGAAUCUGAUGAAUCUGAGGUUGAUUUCGACUUCGACACCAUUCUGGAUGUUGACGCUGUGAACCUUGUCUUGGGAGUGCUUGACCCUGCCAGCUGCAGCAAGUACCUCAGCACAUCAGGUCUUUUUGCACGACUCCUGGGUGUCUUUUCCUUUGCCAUGACCCUUCUUCUCGUCCUUCCCACUCUUCUCAUCCGCCAAGUCUCGGUGAACAAUUUCGUGGUUCUGGAAAACAACCGAACGAACCAGGGGGCGCGGCGCCUCGCGCACGAGUCUAACGCAGAGGAUGCAGGCCCGUCGGCAGAGGAGGUCCGCUGCGCCGUCCGCCUGGCGGCUGGCACGUUCAGCGCCGCACUCAGGGGAGCCGAGGAGUCUGUUCAGCAAUAUGUUGGUGAGUUUCGAGAUCUAGCCAAGAGACCUCGUUCCUUCUUGACGCAGGUGCUGAAUUUGGGCUGCAUCGUUUUCUCUGCGCUGAUGCUCUGGAAGGGCCUGAUGGUGGUAACAAAAAGCGAAAGCCCCGUUGUAGUGGUGCUCAGCGGCAGCAUGGAGCCGGGCCUUCAAAGAGGUGACAUCCUGUUUCUCACACUCUUUGGGGAGCCGUUCAAGCCCGGCGAUGUUGUUGUCUUUCAGAUCGAGGGUCGGGACAUUCCGAUUGUCCACAGACUCUUGAACGUGCAUGAAAGACCCGAUGGAACACUUUCCAUGCUCACGAAAGGUGACAACAACCAGGUAGAUGACAGAGGUCUCUAUGCAGCGAGGCAGCUGUUCCUCAGCAAGAAAGAGAUCAUGGGGCGUGCGCAGGCAUAUCUGCCGUACGUCGGAAUGGUCACAAUUUGGUUGAACGACUACCCGUGGCUAAAAUAUGUUUUGAUCGGCUCGAUGGGCUUCUUUGCUUCUCGGUCAUCGCAGUUGCAAGUUGUUGUCUCCUUGGUUCUCAGUCUUCUAAGUGUCCCUUUACAUUCGACGUCGCUGCCAGGCGUGGGUGAUGAGGUGAGAAUGCCGACGGCUCCCGACAUAAAGUCGGAAGACUACUACAAGGUUCUUGGUGUUGAUCGGAGCGCCUCCGACAGUGAAAUCGCCAAAGCUUACAAGAAGUUGGCUUUGAAGUACCAUCCCGACAAGAACCCUGACAACAAAGCCCAGGCAGAAGAAAAUUUUAAGGUCAUAACUGAGGCAUACGAAGUGCUCCAUGACCAUGACAAGCGGAAAGCCUACGACCAGUUUGGCAAAGCCGGCUUGUCCGGCGGGGCUGGGGGGCCUGGAGGAGGACCAGGCGUGUCCUUCCAGCACGCCGACGAGAUCUUCAAGGCUUUCUUCGGCGCUGGGGAUCCGUUCUCCUUCUUUGGGGGCGACGGUGAUGAAGACAUCGGAGGCGGUUGGGUUGCAGCCAUGCUCUGUUUCGUGGGCUUGGGCGACGACUUGCAGGAAUCUUUGGUGGCAAAGGUGGCCUGUGGUGGAAUGGGUGGUAUGGGCGGCAUGCCUGGCAUGGGUGGAGCGGACUUCGGCGGCUUUCCAGGCUUUCCUGGCAUGGCCGGCAUGGGUGGCAUGGGUGGCAUGGGUGGCAUGGGCGGAAUGAUGGGGGGCAAAGGGGAUGCUGUCUCGAAGAUGUCUCGAAGAUGCCUCGAGGCCGUCGUCAUCCAUGGCCUGAAAGCGCCGGAGCACAACUCCAAACAAGGGAAGGUCACUGGGUGGGACGACAGCAAAGGUAGAUACGAGGUCUUGCUGGAGUCUGAGGAGACUACGCUCUCCCUGAAGCCGGCGAAUCUCACGCAGAAAUGCACAAUUAAGAUUGUAGGAAUUGAAUCGCAGCCCGAGUUGCCGGAGCCCCAGCGCCGUGAGACGACACCGGCCAUACCGGCACGAAGAAAAUCCAAGGAACGGGAAGUCUGCACAAAUUCUGAGCUUCGACAAAGAGUGGGGGUGCCCAGUGAAGCUCAGAUGAGGGCAAAGGCUUGUUGCGGUCAGGGAAAGAGAGGCAGGUAG